CCCCUUUGUACCACAUCUUUGCGUAUCUGCGAACACGAUCGAGGGAUACUAAUGCUAGUGAACAGCACUCUAAACGUAAAUGGACGCGGAUGGAACUCACUUGUUAUUGCCAUGGGCGUCGUGAGCCAAGAUCUCGACCCGCGAACCAUAUUGGUAUAUUCUUCCAUUCGGAUGGAGCAAUGCCGCUGCCGCUCCGGAACCGCUCAACGACAACACGAUAUUAUUCUACGCUGACGAUAAAUGCAAUUCGGAUGAGAAUCGCUCGAGUACAAUUACGUAUUUCGGUCGUAUACUUGACAACGGUCGAAAUAGAAAAGGAGGGAGGUACCUUAAAAUUAAUUACUCUAACCGCACGGUCGAUCGUCAUGUCGACUCGGAUCCUGUUGUGAAGUCUCAACGAGAUCGUGCCGUGCGGCGUGGCCACGAUGGCAGCGUCGUUGUCGUGUUCUCUCCAGUUCUCCGCGUACACGCCGCAUGUCUCCUCGUAGUAAGGCGCGAUGGUUUUCGAGUUUCGCGGCUGCCGCCAAAGCGCUGUCGAAUUAGAAAACGCCGUAGCGCCGGGCAAUCCGCCCCAUUGUUCCGACGGCGGUGCCUCGAAAUACUUGGAAAAUUCACUGUACCGCUACAUAUUGAAGGAUGGGAAUGGAAAUGAAUGGAAAAGGCUUGGAUGGACCGGAUGAUCGUCCCGAUCGAACUACCUGGAAAUUAGAUUCGUCCGCCUGUGCGUGAUAAGUAUGCGCCGUAUAGAGAGAUCUCGGUCGCAUCGGUGUCGUCGAGGUGGCUUGACUCUGUAUCGGCGGUAGGGAACAUGAUUGUUGUUGGUUCACCGGCUGCGUUCCAGACUGGACGUUGCACUUUUGAAUCUCCUUCCGGUACUCGCCGCCACCGCCGCAAGGAGUUGUCAUUGCUUUCGCCUUUCUCGGUCGAACAUUUUUUCGCGAAUCGCGGAGACAUACACGGAACAAUGUUAAGGGACAACGGAAUCGGGAAAUCGGAGAAGCGAGAGAGCAGACCUUAUUGCUGGCUGUAGCGUUCUUCGGCUUCUUGCGACGGGAUUUCCGGGGUUUCGACACCGCCGUUUGGCUACCCUCGUUUAUGCGAUCCACGGCUGAAGCGGUUUACGUAUCCACAAGUUCAGGUCGUUUUCGACGAAACCGCGUGUCUCGAACGAGCUUCUUCCUCGAGCUGCUGCUGCUUCGGUUCGCGAGGAUGCUCGCAUACGUUCGUACGAUUUUCGAGUCAAUUCUUUCUGUUUGACGAUCGGGAACGAUUACCGCACGACGAUCGCGUCCGAGGAGAUUUAAUACCUGUAUAGAUAACUCUAAAAACUUGUACGUUGCACGGAGAACGAUGCGGUUCGAGGAUAUUUCGAUAGAACAAUCGACUGCCUUGAUUGAUGUUGCCUUGGCGAUAAAAAUUGACGAUGGUAAAAUAUUUCAGUCCGAAUCGGGAUUCGUAUACACAUGUAUACAUACAUACAACGAUCGCCUGUGUCGAUCGAAACCACGGAGGAAAGGAGUAAUAACAGAGACAAAGGUCCUACCCUUCGACUGAUAACGGUGGUAAUGCGGCACGGAGAGCGAGCACCGCAGGACACUUAUCCGAACGAUCCGUAUGUUAAUAAUUCCAUGGACCCUUACGGUUGGGGGCAAUUAACGAAUGAGGGGAGGAAGAAUCAGUACGACCAAGGUCUCUUCUUAAGAAAGCGUUACGACGAAUUCUUGGGUCCGACUUACAGUCCCGAUUUAUUUCACUUGCAAUGCACCGCUGUCGAUCGUACAAAAAUGUCCGCGAUGUUGGAAGCUGCCGCAUUGUGGAAACCCUCCGAAAAACAAUCUUUCAAACCCGACCUAGCCUGGCAGCCUGUUACAUUAUAUUAUCAGCCACGCUCGGAGGACACGUUAAUGUUAAUAUGGGAAACAUGCCCAAAGUAUGCGAAAUCACGCGAUGCGAUUAAUAGUUUUCCCGAAGUUUUAUCGACGCAAAGGGACAAUAAGAAACUUUACGAGGAGUUGACGAAUUUAACUGGUAUGUCCAUUUCGAGCCCGGGUGAUGUCGGCUCUCUUUACUCAACUUUAACGGCUGAGAAAUGCAUGAAUUUGACUCUUCCCGAAUGGACCGAAGAUUACUAUCCCGAUAAAUUGAUACCGCUCACGUUGUACGAUCUUCAACUCAACGUGUACGACGAUCGUCUCAAGAGACUGAAGGGCGGACCGUUUCUUAAAAAGAUAGUCACCGACAUGUUGGGAAAAAAAGAUGACGUUUUGGAGCCCGAAACGAGAAAGAUGUUCAUGUACGUUGGCCAUGAUAGUACCAUCGUAACUCUGCUGGACGUGAUGCACGUAUGGAACGGCCAAAUGCCUAAUUAUAACAUCAUGGUAAUGAUCGAAUUGCACGAAAACAAGGACGGAUGGCACGUUCAGGUUUUUUUGAGGAAUACCACUGAUCAUGACCCGUACGCCUUGACUAUUCCUGGAUGUGCGACAUCGUGUCCCCUCGAGACGUUCGUUAAGAUUUUAAAACCGAUGAUACCGGAUAAUUGGGAAGAAGAAUGUAAAGUGGAUGGUGAUUACACACUUCCGCCUGCCCCGGUUCCAUGACCGCGAUUGAUUUUUACCAAAGUGACGACAAUAACCAGGACAAGUAUUACUUUUAAAUUAAAAUAAUAGCCAAUCGAACGAUUUAGAUUAUUCAGUGGGUAGAAACGAAUGUAACAAUUUCUAUUAAACUUCGUUUCCUUAGAAUACAUUUAUUUAUAGCUAAUUAGGUACACAAGUGUGCUCAAUCAACUGUAAAAAGAACUAGAGAAUAAAAAGAUACACGAUCAUAUCGCGAA